AAAAUAGGAGACAAGGGUAAAAUUGGUCAGGUAAUAUAUGACCUAGAGAAAUUUUCAUGAGAUUCACCCACCCACCAGCUCUACAGCACUUGGGACAGGCCUUGUGACCCAUUUGACCCCAUAUAUUGAAACUGACAGCAAACAUGCAGGCCAAUGAGUUGUCAAGCUGAAUUCUUCAUCAUAUAGCAGCAUAUGUUACGUGUGUUACGACAAACUAGCAGCGUUUGCACACCUUGGACUUCAUUAGCAUUGGCGCCCAAGCUAAUGUUCUCAGUUUAACCUCCCUCUCAGCAACCAGAGUUAUCCUGUCCUGGAAAUGCUGUCUAAGCCCUCACUCUGCUGUGUGUGAGAGCUCUUAAUUCCCUCCAGCUAAACACAUUGUGAUCCCUCUCUCUCUCUCUCUUUCACUCACUCACUCUAUGAGCAGCCCUGAGUUAACUAGUCAGAGAAAUCUGUUGUGUUUUGCACUGUGGCUACCUGCUGUUCCCUGUGGCGCAGGUUUCAGCCCCCCGCCUGGGACAGACAUGUGGCGAAGAACAGGAGCAGCCACUGCAGGAAGUGACAGCAGGAUCCCCUGAGCUCAAAAACAAAGGAUAACCACCACAGAGCAACGCUGGGACAAGGAGACGUAAGCCCAGGGGAAUAUCAACCAUGUUGACGCCAUGGAGAUUGUUCCUCUGCCAGAUGGCACUGAACAUAUUCUAUCACAUUGCAAAAGCCAGUUUAUGCCUGGGUGGUCAAGAUAUAUUCGCCACGGUCAGAGAGAACAGUCCCACCGGAGAGUUCAUAGCCAACCUCAGUAUCAAGGGAGACCCUGGAGCCAGUAGCAUCCGUCUGUGUCUCACAGGAGAAAACGCUGACUGGUUUUACCUUGAAGGCCGAACAAUCCGACUCAACUCGUCGUUUUCAAGGACUUUGGAUCGAGAGGUGCUGGGAUCAGUCCUGAUAGCUGCUUUGACAUGUUAUGAAGAUGAAAUAAUAAGGAGUCGAUAUCGAGUCAUGGUGGAGAUAUUGAAUGAAAACGACAACAUGCCACAUUUCCUUGAAGACACCAUUCAACCACGAUAUAUAAGUGAGCUGCUGACUGUAAACUCAAUGGUGUUCACAGUGAAAGCCAGAGACGGCGAUGGAGACACGAUCACUUAUAUGAUUGACAAAUCUACAGCUGAUGCCAGCUAUUUUAGGAUCGAUCUGCCCAACAGCGGGAUGGUGAUCCUGGAUAAACCUUUGGACUAUGAGACUAAAACCCAGCUGCAGGUGGUCAUAGUUGCUGUGGAAAUGACCACAAGAGAAAAGUACAGCACAACAGCUACGGUCACCGUGAAUGUUCUAGACGGUGAUGACCAGUAUCCACAGUUUCAGCCGUGCGCACCUGUUUAUGAAGAUGGAGAUCAUAAUAUCUGCACCAACCCUGUGUACAGUGUCAACAUCACAGAGACAGAUGAGGAUGCUGUGCUUUAUUUUUCUCCGGGUCCCAUUCAUGCUGAAGAUGGAGAUAAAGACAUACUGACCCCUCUGGUCUACAGUAUUCUGUCAGGUGAUGAUAGUGGCAGAUUUACAAUUGACUCGAAAACAGGAGAGAUCUCUCUCAGACAACGUGUGGAAAACAGACUCCUCACCCCUUCAUUCAGGCUUCGCAUAAUGGCUGCGCAGGUGAACGACCCAAAGAAAUAUUCGGUGGCAACAGCACUGGUGCAUGUGGUGUCGGAGAACCUGUUUCCUCCAUUCUUCAACAAGACCGUCUACAAAGGGUUCCUCAUUGAGAGCUCCAGCCCUGCUACUCUGGUCACUACUUAUGGGAACCAAGUCCUGGUGGUCCAGGCCUUCGACAGGGACUUCAAAGAUGGAAUAAACCCAAAAAUCCGUUACACAAUGCAACCCUUGACGGGUAGCAGUAAACUGUAUCACAUUACCCAGGAUGGCAUUGUGAUUGCAAAGACGGACCAGCUCAGAGCGUUCGACCGACAUAUCCUAGAGGUGAUUGCAACAGAUGAAGAGUCAGGUGAAGCUGCACACGCUUCAGUGGACAUUGAAGUUCUACAGAAAGGAAUUCCAGUUCCUAGAAGUCCAUUUGGAGAAGAACGGCUGUUUGGAGAUAUGGACGCAGGGAUGGCCGGUGGCAUUGCUGCCCUUGUUCUUAUAGUGGCUGUGACAGUACUGUUUAUUUGCCUCUGGCUGGCCAAGAGACGAAGAGAAAGACGGGAUCCAGCAGACAGGGGCGCGGUAGCCCUAGGGAAGCAUCCAAAUGUGGAGGCAUCAUCACCCAUCUCUCCUCGCUCUGUUUUGUAGAACUUAAACAACACAAUCAUAAGACCAUCAUGAGGGACUGAAUCACAACUCUAUUGAAGAACCUGUUUUGUGAUGUUUUGGCUUUGUUUGGAAGGAUACAGUGGCAUACAGUCCCAUGGCAGCUCAUAUGUUGUCCGUCUUUUAAAGGAACUUUUGGAACUCAGUUAAUUUCAACUUGAAUUAGAUAUGUAAUUUUUAAAGCAUGUCCUUCAUUUCAAAUGUCACUAUAUGUACACCUUUCAAAAGUUUAAGGUUGGUAAGAUUUUUUUUUAUGUUUUUGAAGUGUCUAAUGCUCACCAAGGCUGCAUUUAUUUGAUCAAAAACAGUAAAAAUGAAAU